AGGGUUCCCUCGACCCUCAGAGAAAUUCAAAAAUGUGUCACAAAUUGCUCCCUCUCCCCUAUAUAGUACACUGAUGUGCUCGUCCAAUCAGCAGAUGCCCUCCGCCAGUCAACAGUUUGACUUGACUUGCAUCCCCCCUCUACAGCUCCGGUCUCGUCCCGUGCUGCUGCUUCUGGCGCCACAAAGCUUCGGAGUGGUCCGGUAACGACAUGCACGUUUCAGUAAGGAUCUAUAAUUUACCCUGAGGAAGAGAUUACAAUAACGCGUUUGAUGACGUGUGGGAUCUUUUACCGGGGCGCAAAAGGGACCCGUUUUGUUUUGCAUAAAAUAACGUAAAGCUUUGAGAAGAUUCGGACAGAUGCAGAACCCGUCCUGGUCGUUUUGAGACCCCCUGGAUAUUUUUGUUUUAAAUUUAAAAUGACCAUGCCCGACAAGGUGACCGAAACCCAUGGAUCGACGCGGUCCAAGGUGGUCUCCUCAUUUUACAUCGAAAACCUGCUUGGUUCGAGGAAGGAAUGCGAGUCAGCGGAAAACAAACGAAAAUAUGCCAACGGCACACACAGCAACAGUACAGAGGAUGAGAGCGGGAGGCAGAAUGAGAUGGUCUACCCAAGCCGAGCCCUAGCUGGUCCUCGCAGCCAAGUGGCCAUCAAAGUGCCUGCCUGCUCCCGCCUCGGCGCGGACAGUUCCCCAAGAAGGGAAUCGGCUCUGGAAAUGUAUAAAGGGUGUGGAGCCAGCAACUUAAAACCACUCAGAAGAUCAACCAGUUCCUUGGAGGUUAACCGAAACUCUGGUGACCGUUGCUGCUCCAUCGCAGCCAGCGAACGGGACUCCGUUUCUCCAGUGGUGUCAGAACCCAUGGACCGCAGCAACGAAAGGGACGGGAAAAACGGGGACAGCAGAGUGACAGACGACAACGAUGAGACUCAGAACGUCUUCGAUGAACGAUCGGACCCGGAAGUUCCUUUAGACCCUAACUCGGCCCGAAAGAAGAAAACUAGAACCGUUUUCAGUCGGAGUCAGGUGUUUCAGUUGGAGUCAACGUUCGAUAUGAAACGGUACCUAAGCAGUUCAGAACGGGCGGGCCUCGCAGACUCGCUGCACCUAACGGAAACUCAGGUGAAAAUCUGGUUCCAGAAUCGGAGGAAUAAGUGGAAGAGACAGUUGGCGGCGGAUCUCGAGGUGGCCAAUCUUUCCCACUCAGCGCAGCGGAUGGUCCGAGUUCCCAUUCUUUAUCACGAGAGCUCCACACCAACAACGCUGGGUUUCAACGUCAGCAUGCCCCAGAUCUCGCCACCCCUGGUGGGGUUCCCCAGCCCCGUGAACUAUCCCCUGUCUUCCUUCGCGCACUCAAUGAGUUUGCUGCGCUCGCACAUGACAGGACUUGUGUAAAAAACGAGACUAUUAUUACACUUUUGUUGUUCGUAUACAUGUUAUCAUUAUUCUAUUACUGAGGGUAUACCGAAUUGUGCAAUAACAGCAGUGGCCGCAGUAAGCUUUAGACUAGCUAAAAGGCUAAAAGGUUGCUGCAUCCAAAGAAAAGGCCUACAUUGAUUUAUAGUAAUACACACAGUUUAAAGUGAUACAUUCGUUUUUGGUGUACUUUACAGAUUAAGCCCAGGCCUAUAUAUUCUCGACACAGAAGAAAGCACCGUUCCGCGCAUGCUGGCCGACUGGAGACGCACCAUGUUGGCCUAUAUGUUUUGAAUACACACUUAUUUUUGCAAAUACUUUUAUAUUCAACGCCACAGUUUUUCAACGUUGUCACUUUUUCACAAUAUAGAUCCAA